UACGCUAUCCUCUGGCUCUGCUGAGCCCUCGUUCAGACGUUCAUCUUGUUUCAGGCCAAGCCUUAAUCGAUUCAAGAUGCGUCACCUGGCUACCUACAUGCUCCUUGUCCUCGGCGGGAACGCCUCCCCCACCAAGGAAGACGUGACCACCGCGCUCGCCGCGGUCGGCAUCGAGUGCGACGAGGCUCGCCUCGACCAGCUCAUCGCUGACAUGGCUGGCAAGGACAUCGCCGCCCUUAUCGAGGCUGGUAAGGGCAAGCUCGCGUCGUUCGGCGGCGGGGGCGGAGGCGGUGGUGGUGGCGGCGGUGGUGGUGGUGGUGACGCUGCCCCUGCGGCCGAGGAGAAGAAGGUGGAGGAGGAGGAAGAGGAGGAGAUCGACAUGGGCGGCGGCAUGGACAUGUUCGGCGGCGGCGACGAGGGCGGAGGAGACUACUAGGCGGCGAGCGGAGGAUACUCCGCGCGCAUGAUGCAAGGAUGUGCUCGGGAGCGUUAGCCCUCAGCCGAGCUCGUAUCAUAUCACGGUUGCUGUCCCGCUGCUUGCUGCCCAAGCAAGUUUGAGGAGGCCACCCUACUCGCUCAUAUGGCGUAUUCCAACCGUUUCUAGGAUAUGCGAUUGGAUUGGGUUUGCGUGCCUUGGUCGAUCUUGUCCUUGGAGCGGUGUCCUUUUCCUUGGUGUGCUGGUUAUAGCAUCAUAAAAAAAAGAAAAUGGACGUCGUCCGGCUGUACAUCUGUGCCACUUUGCUUGCCUCGGAGCGCAAAGCUCACAGGAAUGCCGCGAAGCAGGGCCGAGGUCAUGGAACGUUCGUGGCGGUGUUGACGUUCUGGCUUGCCGUUUCUAAACACACGACGAGCAGAUGCGUUACACGCGCACGUCCGCGGAGAUCGAACCUGAGCUCCUGCUCUUGCUCUGGCCACGGCAUCUGCGGAUAACCUGCCACGAGCGUGAACUUGAAGCAGCACGUUUGCAUCCGCACGUCACGCGCUGUUACAGCUUGCAUUUUUGCCGGUGUUCAUGGCACACACUUGGUAUCUACGGCAAGAGCACCUGCAUUUCUUCGUUCGACAAGCCUUGCUGCUUCUUCGCAUCAACCGCGCUAACCCGCGGACCAAUGAAACUUCGCGUGUGUCAAGCGCGGCCGAAAGACACCAUGGGUGCAUGCAUGUAUCUUGCCGUCAAAUAUACUCUGGGAGUCGGCUAUGUAACGAUGGCUUUGAUCAGACGCGCGACGAGCCGGAAGAACAACGGGCAGAUGGCCCCAGACGACUGUUUUGUUUUACUUUCUGUACUAUCCUGCCUUUGCGGCGCCCGCCUGCAGUCCUGCGAUGUCAAAUUACUCCGUUGGUGCUUA